CUUGGAGAGGGAUGUUGAAGACUGGUAGUUUAUUUUAGCUUCUAUAGCACUGGGUUGGAUAAAAAUUACCGCGAUGAGCGACGGAGAGAAAAGAGAGUCUCUUAGUCGGGAGGUGGAUCCAGCAAUUUGGGCCGUGGCUCCUCGAUUGCAUCAAGAAGAGGGCCCCGUUGAUGUAACAGCCAGUCCAGCUUUUCAAUGCUUGGACGAGUUGUUUUCACAAGGGAAACUAGCAGGAGAGAAAGUGGCUAAGCUAAAAGCCAAAUAUACCAGCCUUCAUGAACGUCUUAAAGCUACAAGAGAGCAGGAAUCUUCACUGCUUCACAAGGCAAAGGAAAUGCACCAAGAAGUACAAAGACAGAGAGCUGAGUUGGAGAAAGGAGACAGCUUUCCUGAUGGUGACAACACUGAGGUUAACAAAUUAAGGCAAGAACUUCUGAAACAUCACAAUGAACUAGCACAGGCAGAUGAAAGGCAGUAUCAACUGGAAUUCAAACUGGAAGGUUUGAGAGAAGAAAAGAUGAUGUUGGAAAGGGAUUAUGCAAGGAUGCCCAAACCUGGUGAAAUAGAAAAGCAGGUCAAAGAACUGCAAAAAUCAGUCGAAGAACUCAAAGUUGAAAUUGCACAAAGAACUAUUGAUUGUAAAAGUCUGAAGGAAGAGGUUGAAAACAGGGAAGUGCAAGUAAAUGCACUGAGAAAAGAGGUAGAAGAUGAUCUAGAGGAACAGCAAAAUUUAAGGGAUCAACUGGUACAAGUUCACUCACAACCAGCACAUAUAACCAAACAGACUGAUCUUUUGUCAAGACAACUCAGGGAAGUAGAUGAAAAACGAUCCAACUUGGAUGGAAACAUAGAUGAAAUAUCAAAAGAGCUCCAGAGAACAGAAGGAAAAAAGCAAUAUUUGGAAGAUGAAAAAAAAGACUUAUCAGAAGCUCUUGACAAACAGCGUCACAUUUUUGAGUCAAAGGACAGAGAGGUUGAUUUACUUGCCAAGGAAUUUGAACUUGCCAAAGAGCGACAAGCAGAAUUUCUAGGAGACAGGGGAACAUUAGAUUUGAAUUUGAAGCAUGCUGCCAUAGAAAAGAAGACCAAUCAUGAUAUUCAUGCCAGGAAAUUGCGAGAAAAAGAGAGGGACGCAAAAGCUUUGAAAAAGAGUGAGUUGCAGAUGAAAGUGGGAGAGGAUGCGUUGGCGCAUGUGAGAUCCGUUUAUGACAAAGUCAAGGCUCAGGUUGACAGUGCUCCAAGAGAUGAUGGAACAUUAUUGGAAAAAAGGAAAGAGCUUCAAAGGGAAGUUGAUGUCACAAAACGCACUCUUGCUCAACAGAAUGCACUAACUGCUCAUGAGCGCGCACGUGUGGAACAGAUGAUUCAAGAAGAGGAACGACUUCUAAUGGAACAGAGUGAAUUGAGAGUCGAUGUCAUUGAUUUGACAAGACUAGCACAGAUUAAGGCAGAUGAAAGAGAGCAAAAAGCCAGGGAUUACAUGAGAGCUGAGCUGAGAUACCAACGUGCUCUUGAAGACUUGAAAACCAAAAACCUUAGUAUUCAAGACAGUGCGAAGAAAUAUGCAGAGAUGCAGCACAGACUGGCUGACUUUGCUAAGCUGUACGAUGUCAUAAAAAAUGAACGGAACAAAUGCGUGAACUUAAUCCAAACUAGUACACAGAAAGCUGCUGAAAUGAGAGAGAAAAUUAAGAUUCUUCAAAACGAGAUAGAAAUUCUACGAUCAAAAGUAAACGCAAAAGACAGACUCCUUCAGAAAGCUCGCCUGAAAAGGAACAAUGCAGUCGUAAUCCGCGAUAGUUUAAGAAACGAAAUGAGUAAAAGAUCUAAGACUGAAGAAGAGAACAGGGAGAAGAGAGAACAACUGAGGUUGGACAUUGCGAAACUCAAUGAUCUAAUAAACAAAGCGGAAGAAAACAUGGUGCAGUUGAGGAAACGUUAUGAAAGCGGAGUGCAGGAAAGAAACGACAUGGGAAUACACCUUAUCGAGACCAACGAAGAAGUAUGUGUAUUUUAUGAAAAGCUUAACAUACAAGACACAAUGAUUCGCAAUGGAGAUGUAGAAUUGAGAGCCAGGGAAGAAGAAAUACGUUUUCUGAAGAUGGAGGUCAAUGAGACUAAACGGUCAAUAGCGGUCGCCCAGAAAAACAUGCCAAACAAGAGAGCCCUAGACAACGAGCUUGUCACCUCACAAAUUCAACUCGUAGCUUGUCGCGAGCGACUCGCCCAGCUCGAGAAGAAGCUCGAAGAUCCUUCGGAUGAAAAUCGUGUUCGGCUCCUUGGCGGCGAGGACCCUGAACCCGAGAUACUCGCCAAGAAAAUAGAGGAACUUGAGUUGAGACUGGCAGAGAAGGAAGAAAAACUCCUAGAGAAAGAUUUGAUUUUUGAAGAGGUCACAAGAUUGGCAGACCGAACAAAGAAAAAGUCGGAGACCGGCAAAGAAGAUACAUUGGAAUUAGCUAAAAAGGUAAAUGAAUACCAGGCCAAAAUAAAGGACACCACUCGUAAAAUGAUGGCGCUAGUGUCAGAGCUGUCCAUGAAUCAAGCGGCCGCCAUGAAACUGCAGCAGGAAGUGAAGGGCAAAGAACAAGAGCUGGAGCAGUGUUACGUCCGCAUGGAGAGAGGAGAGGCGCCCUGUGAGGAGGCCGAGAGGGACUGGCUCAGAAUGGUUCGAGACGAAGAACGUAGAACGAAAGAACUCUUGGAAAAGAAAGAGCGCGAAGAAGAGGAAGAACAUUAUCUACUGCCUGGCGGAAUCUACACAACAGCUGAGCCUCGACCUAAUGCUUACAUCCCGGAUGAUGACUCAGAACUUCCUAUUCCCAGGCCCUAUGGUUCAUUAGCACCAUUUAAACCCACGGAGCCUGGGUCAACAAUGCGCCACAUUCGGAAACCGAUAAUAAAGCCGAUUGAGAUUUAAUGUAAACGUAUGCAAAGUCUAUGGUCUGUUUGUUUGCGACCACUUCAGAAAAUGAAUGAACUCAAUUUUGGGGUUUCUUGGAACAAAUCUGUAAGAAGGAACUUGCAGUUUCAAAGUGUACAGCCUUUCCACUUUGUAAAUACUUGUAGAUAGCAAAUAUUUAUUAAACAUCUACUUAAACCA